UCAAUAAGUGAUCCUAAACAAUGGGAAUCUUAUGUGGAAAGAAUGGAAUUCUUUUUCACGGCAAAUGGGAUUGCGGAUGCAAGUAAGAAACGCGCGACAUUUUUGAGCCUAUGCGGCCCAGAAACGUACGAAAUUCUUAGGUCAUUGGUCGCGCCGGCGAAAGUCGCUGAUAAAACGUACGGGGAAAUUAUAAAGGAAUUAGGUACACAUUUCUCUCCGAAGACAUCGGAGAUUGUUUACCGUUUCAAAUUCUACAGACGGGAUCAACAAAAUGGGGAGACAUUCCCCGUAUACCUUAAGGAAUUACGUAAAUUGGCCGAACCGUGCGGAUUUGAGGCUACUUUAGACACAAUGUUACGUGACAGAAUAGUUUGUGGAAUAAUCGAUGAGACAUUACAGAAAAGAUUACUUGCUACCACCGAUUUAAAAUUAGCGGAUGUAACAAAAAUGUGCGUAGCUCACGAAACUGCUACGACCAGUUUUGCAAUGAUUCGCGAAGGGGGCAGCGGCGAUCGAGUGGAGGUUAAUGCCCUUAAUUCACGCAAGCAAGUAAAAUCAGCUGAUCGCGCGAGCAGACCGGGGCGCGUUGGGAAAAAGUGUUUUCGAUGUGAAAAAGACCACGCUGCAGACUCGUGCGUUCACAGUCAAUCAACUUGUAGUUACUGUAAAAAAUUAGGACAUAUCGCAAUCGCGUGUUUCAAAAAGAAAAGAGAAAGCCAAAACAAACUUAAAGUGCACAUUGCAAAUGACAGCGACCCUUACACGGAGGAGCCGGAAAUUUCUCCGGACCCGAAUUGCGUUAAUAGUGAUUACGUUUUUUCAAUAAAUAACGUAACGCCUGACAAAUUUUCCGGUAAAUAUUUAACAGCCGUUUCAGUCAACGGGAUACAGACAAAAAUGGAAGUGGAUUCGGGCGCUGGCUAUUCGAUUAUAGGCCGAUCGUUGUUCCAAAAAAUCUCGAACGGGAAUCACCUGAAAUUGAAGAAGAGUCAUGUUAUCUUAAGAGACUACCAAAACAACCCGAUACCAACAGUGGGAGAAUGUUUGGUGGAGGUGCGUCGAGGUUCACGGAGGUCAACCCUUCCGUUAAUCAUCACCGAAGGAAACCGCCCGAGUCUUUUAGGCAGAAACUGGUUCCAAGAGCUGGGUCUAACUGUUUCCGGGGUAAGUCACGUUGACGGUACUCCUAAUUACGCACGCGAAUAUCCUGAGGUAUUUUGCGGGAAUUUGGGCGCAUACCGGGGGCCUCCAGUAAGUUUUUCGGUAGACGCGUCUGUGAAGCCGAUUCUAUUGCGAGCGCGUAAGGUUCCUUUCGCUCUAAAGGACAAAAUAGAGAGGGAACUGGACAAACUGAUAAGUCAAGGAGUGCUAGAACCAAUCUCAUAUCCAAGGUGGGGCACCCCUAUCGUUACCGUUUGCAAGGGCAAUGGGGAGGUGCGAAUUUGCGGAGAUUACAGGUCCACACUUAACCGCGCAUUACGUCCUGAACCGUACCCGGUGCCGUCGGUACAAGGAAUUUUAUCCGCGCUCGCUGGCGGGAAAGUGUUCGCUAAAUUGGAUUUAGCCCAGGCUUACCUACAGUUGAGUGUCGAUCGCGAGGCUGCGGAAGCACAGACAAUAAUAACGCAUAAGGGGGUUUUUAAAUGCAAUCGUUUGCAAUUCGGAAUUUCCGUCGCGCCUCAGAUAUUCCAAAAAUUCAUGGACAUGAGACUGGCGGGUAUCUCGGGAGUGUUACCGUACUACGACGACAUACUAGUCGUGGGAAGUUCCGAUGACGAUUUAGACACUAAAGUGCGCACGGUACUGUCGAAAUUUCGUGAAGACGGGCUACAAUUGCGCCGGGAAAAAUGUAUUUUUCGUACAAAAUCCAUUGAAUUCCUCGGGUUUAGAAUAAGCGAAGACGGUAUUCGCCCAACGAAAGAUAAAAUCGCGGCAAUAGUAAACGCGCCUCCUCCAACUAAUGUGACAGAAUUACAAGCAUUUUUGGGGUUGGUCAAUUUUUAUCACGUGUUCAUGAAGGACAAAGCGACCAUCGCUAAACCUUUACAUGCGUUACUUCAAAAGAACGCUCAAUGGCAAUGGCGAACGUCAGAACGAGAGGCUUUCCAAGCUUUAAAGGAUUGCUUAAUCAGGGAGCCCGUGCUGGCUCACUACAAUGACCGGAGAAACUUAUUUUUGACUUGCGACGCGAGUCCGUAUGGGGUAGGUUGCGUUCUUAGUCAGUUGGACGACCGGGGGCGAGACGUUCCAGUAGCGUAUCACAGCCGUUCUUUGUCGUCAGCUGAGAGGAAAUACGCUCAAAUCGACAAGGAGGCACUCACUAUCAUCACGGGUGUUAAAAAGUUUCACGAAUACAUCUACGGCCGAGGGGUGACAAUAACAACGGACCACAAACCUUUAUUGGGAGUCUUCAAUCCGAAGAAGGGGGUUCCAGACAUUCUAUCACCUAGGAUGCUAAGAUGGACACUAAUGCUAUCUGCGUACGACUACGAACUAAGGUACGUGCCAGGAGCUAAGAUCCAGAAUGCGGACGCAUUAAGCAGACUGCCCCAAAAAAUCAAGGUUCCAGAACCUCCGCCAUCUGAAGACGUCUUAAUGCUGGAAAACAUUCCAGAAAAGCUAAUCAGCGCCAGAGAAAUUGCCCAGGAAACCAAACGAGAUCCUGUUUUAUCAAGGGUUAUGCAGUGGAUCUGGAAGGGAUGGCCUGACAACGGGAAAAAAUUGCCAGACGAAUUUACUCCUUACUUACAACGCAAACAUGAGCUAAAUUGCUACCAAGAUUGUCUCCUGUGGGGCACCAGGGUUAUCGUUCCACUAGGGGUGAGGGACACGGUGCUAAAAAUGCUCCAUUCAGCUCACCCAGGUAUCGUCAAGAUGAAAUCUCUCGCGCGUUCGUACGUAUGGUGGCCGAAUAUUGACAAGCAAAUUGAGAAGCUGGUUGGGUUGUGUAGAGAAUGCCAAGAAACGAGAAACAUGCCGAGGAAGUCGUCUAUUCAUCCUUGGGAGUGGGCUAGAGCUCCGUGGUCGCGUAUCCACAUUGAUCACGCCGGACCAAUGAAAGGAAAACUUUUUCUGGUAGUGACCGACGCCUAUUCCAAAUGGCUCGAGGUAAAACUAGUGCCAAAUACCUCGAGUGCUGUUACAAUCGGGGUGCUACGAGAAUUGUUCGCCACCCACGGCAUACCGGAUGUUGUCGUAUCCGACAAUGGAACGAGUUUCAGCUCUUCCGAAUUUAAGCAGUUCCUGAAAAACAACAUGAUUCGACAAGCUUUAGUGGCACCAUACCAUCCGAGCAGUAAUGGGCAAGCGGAAAGAAUGGUGCAAAAUGUAAAAAACGCUAUCCGGAAAAUGACCGAGGGAACAGCAGAAGGAAAUCUACAGUUGGUUUUAAGCAGAUACUUAUUAGCCCAACACAUUACACCACACUGCACAACAGGCCGAUCACCGGCGGAGAUCUUGAUGGGGCGUAAGCUAAACACCGUCUAUGAUCGUAUGCAGCCUGAUUUCCGUAAGGAAAUGAUGGCCAAACAAGAAGACAAGGUCAUUCACACCAGGAUCAAAAUGGCUGCCAGCACAAGUCGUGAGUACUACGGGACCCGUCAGUUACCGGGUACAAACACCAGAUGGGCAAACAUUACGCCGCCAUUCCGACCAAAUUAGGGCUCGGGUAGAAGAACCGACCGAAAGUUUGGGAGCACUGGGUGAUCCCGAAAUUCCACCGACAACACCAGAAGCUGCCAACUGCAGCGAACCGCAGCAGCAGGACAACGGGAAUAGCCAAGUCGUGGAGAUCAAGAAGCCCCCAGAAAGAGCGAGGCGGGCUCCAAAAUACUUGGAAGAUUUCGUGCCGUAGUUUCAAUCCGGGGGGAAGGAGUGUGGUGUAUGCGCUAGUGCUAUUUCUUAAGUUGGCAAUAGCGUGUCAUGGAGACCGCAUGUAAAUAAAGUAGUUAUUCACCUCAA